AUGCCAGGUGCAUCUCUCUGGAUCAUCCCGCCCAAGGACAGCUCCUUCUCUCAAGCUCUCCAGACCCUCAUCUCCAAGACCAUACCUCCUCAUUUUCCACAAACACGGACCCACGACUUUGUCCCCCAUGUCACAAUAACUUCAAACAUCGAUAAAUCACUCUACGGCUCUGAUCCACAAGCUUGGCUGAGUGACUUGCAUCUACCUUCUGGAGACCAGCAUGACCCUGUCUUUGUAACACUCGACGUGCUAGAAGCUGGUGAUGCUUUUGUCAAGAAGCUGACUUUGAGAGCCGGAAAGACUGCUCAAUUGCUGCAGCUGGCUUCUGCUUGCCGUGGGGUGGCUGUCGAGGGAGGUGACAACGGGAGGGCUGAGAGAUGGGCUCAUGAUGAUUACUUGCCUCACCUCUCUCUGAUGUACGCCGACCUGCCCAAGCCCGAGGUGGAAAAACUCGUCUCUGACAUACAGGAAGACUGUCGGAAGGCUGGUCGUAGUGUCGAAGCUCACGAUGAUGGUACCGUCGCCAAUGGAGGUAGCAUUGUCUUGGUCGACACGAGCAAGCCCAUUGAUCAAUGGGAACCCAUCGCCACAAGAGCCCUGCCUUAUAUUCGAUGGGAAUGGCCUUGGUCAAAGUCAAGAUUCGAUGAUUGA